CAUUAUUCAAAAAUAUGUUUACAUUUCUAAGUUCUAAGUUAAUUUUUAAAACUAACUUUGCUUGACAAUUCUCUUAAUAUAUGUUAGAUAAAUUACUAAAAUUAUUUUAUUCACGUCCUAUUACUGAUGAACCAAGACUAAAAAAAUAGGUUAAGUGAAUUAUUUUAAUCGAUGACAAAUGUGGAGGGCAUGGGACGAAAAUGAAAGUAAAAUGUGUUUAAAAGUAUCUAAUAAUCUGUAAUCUGCAACUAUUAAACAAUUGGUACGGUUCUUUUGGGAGUUUAUUUGAAUGCACAUUAGCAGCAGGCUAUCAGUAUACACAAUUUCGUUAAUUUAAGGCAUACUUAGUUCUUGUGGUUACUAGGAUAUUUAAAACGAUUAUGAAAUUUAAUGUCACAUUUUGAAGAACCGGCCUUAUAAAAAUUGAAAAGUGAAAUGGGAAUCGUGCAUGCUAAGCAAAAUGUUGAACCUUACAACACCUCGGAAUCAUUACUAAGUGGAAUUGAGAAGAAACAAAUUGACUAUGACAAUUGCGAUGAUACCCAAAGAAUAAAUUUGGAAGGGGUGAAGGCUACUGUAGAGAAAAUUCAUGUGGAUGGCUUGCAAAGAACUUGUAAUGAUAUUGUAGAAGAUGCUGUAAAGGAUUUAUUUGAAGCUACUGAUUUCCAAGAAGUCUUAAUUAAAGCACACAAAGUCAGAAGCCGAUUGGAUUCAUUAGGCUGCUUUAGGAACAUUGCAGUUUUCAUAGAUACAAGUAAAGGUCCAACAGCUUCACCUGAUGGCCUGGAGAUAACGUUCCAAGUUAAAGAGCUCAGAAGGGUUGUAGGAGGUGUAAGUACACAUGUAGGAAAUAAUGAAGGUUCUUUAGUUGUUGGACUGAAAGCACCAAAUUUGUUUGGAAGGGGUGAACGCUUUCAGGUUGAAUAUUCACAUGGUUCACAAGGAACUCACAAUUUCAAUGUAGCAUUCAUAAAACCACUCAAGGGAAGGCACACCCCACUAAUUUCUACUUCAAUUUAUAAGCAAUCGACUGAAUGGCCACCAUCUGGUUAUAAAGAAAAUGAUAUGGGUGUUUGUUUUGAUCUUGGAUUCAAUUCACUGCCUCUGAUUAAGCACAAUAUACAGUGGAUCGGAGCAAUAAGAAAUAUCAGUGUUUUAGGUCGAGGUUCAGCCUUUGAAGUCAGAGAAGAGUCUGGACCCAACCUAAAAAGUGCCUUGAGGCAUAUUUUGUCAGUAGACCUUCGAGAUGAGCUAAUAUUUCCAUCUUGUGGGACACUUUUCCAAUUAACUACUGAAUUUGCUGGAUUAGGGGGUAACGUCGGAUUUUUGAAGAAUGAUGCGUAUUUACAGACGAAUUAUAGUAUCGCUGAAGAUUUCGUAAGUUUCUUUUUUACUAACUGAAAUUUAAUAUUUUUC